AUGGCCAGCGCAAUCUCCCCACGGGUUGUCCGGCUUCUCGAGAGACAGAGGCACAAGACCCCGUACCAGCAGCACCUCGCGAAGCUGGCACCUGGAGGGCGGGGCCUCACGCCCAGCCCGAUGCCAAACAUUGAAGCAGCCCGGCACGGCCUGCGCUAUGAACGAGAGGCUAUAGAGAGAUUCCAACAGAUAACGGGCAUUAGGGUCCUUGAUGUCGGCCAUGUGGUUCACGAGCGCUUCGAUUGGCUCUCUUGUGUUCCCGACGGAAUCACCGUUGAUGGCAGGGUGGCCGAGAUAAAGUGCCCAUACUACCGCCGGAUCGUACCAGGGAUCCCCAGCCACUGUGUGAAGCAGCUUCAGAUUGCAAUGGAGGUCACGGACCUCGACGAGGCUAUCCUCGUGCAGUACAAACCAGCCAGUGUCUUUGGAGCCGAGGAGAUUAUGAUUUCGACCCUGGCUCGGGACAGGACUUGGAUCCACAGGAACUGGGACAGCCUGCACAAGAAGCAGUUUUCGAAGCUCUUUGAUCAACCUCCAGAGUCCGGCAUGGUCAUCAACGCCGAGGUAGGGGUGUACAACGCUGCGGUCAAGGGCUGCAGCAGCCAGUUUGGGGCGAGGGCAUGCACUUGGGCCGAUCCCCGCUUCAAGAGCAAGUACAAAGAGAAGCUCCGGUCUCUCCUCUUCAACCUCAGAAACCCAAAGAACCCAGCUUUCCUCGAUAGAGUGAGAUCAAAGGAGAUAGGGUGUAGGCACCUCGCUUCCUUGACCCCAGAGGAUAUGUUCCCGGAAAAUUGGGCCAGUCUCAAGGCGAAACUUGCGAAGAAGCACGUCUUUUCUGCCGACCUUCUGGAUGACGUCCCCGACAACCCGUUGCACGCUUGCAGCCACUGCAAGUCCAGGAAGAUUACUACGUACGAACUCCAGACUCUAGCAGCAGACCAGUCUACCACGACGUACCUGCUCUGUCAAUCCUGUUCCCAUUGUUGGAAGAUUGUCUAA